AUGACCAAGCGACGUCAUACUACUGGGGUUUGUGCACCAUCUGCACCAUUAUCUGAAACGCAAUCAAGUGCAGCACUAUCUGAUCAACAAUCCACUAUAUCAUCUCGACGAUCAUCAACAACAACAUCUACUGGUCAACAAUCAACCACAUCAUCUCGAUCAGCAGCAGGAACACAAUCAACUGGUCAGCAAUCAACCACAUCAUCUCGAUCAGCAGCAAGAACACAAUCAAUUGGUCAACAACCAGCCACAUCAUCUCGAUCAGCAGCAGGAACACAAUCAAUUGGUCAACAACCAACCACAUCAUCUCGAUCAGCAACAGGAACACAAUCAACUGGUGAACAAUCAACUGGUCAACAAUCAACCACAUCAUCUCGAUCAGCAGCAGGAACACAAGCAAUUGAUCAACAACCAACCACAUCAUCUCGAUCAGCAGCAGGAACACAAUCAACUGGUCAGCAAUCAACCACAUCAUCUCGAUCAGCAGCAAGAACACAAUCAAUUGGUCAACAACCAGCCACAUCAUCUCGAUCNAGGAAUCUAUAUUUGCAUAGUUAG